AUGGAACGGUUCAAUAAAACCGCGCGGCAAGUAAGGGGAGUAGGCAAGAAAUUUACCAUUAGCACUCUGGCCACGGCGUUGAGGCCUUCCCCUUUCGUGGAUAAUCUGUUUACAGAACUCCCGAUAACCCUGGAUGAGUUGCAAGAAAAAGCAGCAAGGUUCAUCAGAAUAGAGGAGAUGAGGGUUGUUCAAAGGCGACAACAUGAACAAAAUUCAACUUCAGAACAAGAGAAGAAAGAAGGGAAGAAGCCGUUCGUACCUAGCGAGCGCCCAAAAGGCCAGAAAUACAGAGAUGGUCCAAAAGGGCCCAGAUUCGAAAAAUAUACUCCGUUGAACAUGCCAAGGUCUAGAGUCUUGGAAGAAGCCUUGAGUGCUGAUCUUAUUCGUUUAAGACCCUCUCGGUUGUCAACAACGGCCAACGGGACUAAACAUUGUACCUAUCAUCUAAAUAUAGGACAUACCACUGAAGAUUGCACGGUGUUGAGAGAUAAGGUGGAAGAACUGAUUCGGGCAGGCCAUCUGAGAAAGUUUGUGAAGGAGGAACGGAGGACGAGAAGUCCACCGAGGAAGACUAGGAUGGAACGAAAUGAUAGAAGAGAUGAUAGACGCCCGGAUCGCAGGCGAAGUAGAAGUCGUAACCACGACGGAUCACUGCGCGGCGCAAUAAACACUAUUUUUGGAGGUUUUGCUAGAGGGCCAUCAGCGUCAGCAAGGAAGAGAAACCUGAGGGAGUUAAAGAGUGUUCAUCGAGUAGAUGUGAGGAAGCACUCAAUGUCGCCAAUCACAUUCACCGAUGAAGAUUUUCAUGCUCCUGAUCCUGAUCAAGAUGAUCCGAUGGUAAUAACAGCUAUUAUCACUCGGUACAACGUGGGGAAGGUUUUGAUAGAUCAGGGAAGCUCUGUUAAUAUUUUUUACUGGAAGAUAUUCCAACAGAUGGAUUAA